GGCAAUUUGAGUAGCCAGGUUUUUGGCACUUGGAUCCGCAUUGUGAAAGCUCAUUCUGAACUUAUCUUAAAAAUUCCCUGGUUUUGCUUGUUUAUGGCUUCUAAUUUUUACUGUGGUGGAUCAGGGGGGCAGUUCAAUAAUAUGUUGACAUAUCCAAUGAAGGGCUUAACUCUUGGGCCGUCCUCUGCCCCCGUAAGAUCAGUUGCUACACUUUAUAUUUGCUUUAGUCACUGGAUCUUGUUACAGGGACUAGCAGUCCGGUUGGUCUGAGCCACUUGUCAAAUUACUCCAGACCACCUUCAGGCGCAACGCCGGACGGUUCUCUGUCGAAUAUGUUUCGCGGCCAGCAGACGCGCCCAGGCGGCAUCUCUGACUACUUUAUGUCACAAAUGGGAACCAUUAAUGCUGGAGGCCUCCGACCUUCAGUCAUUUCAGGAGUAACGGGCAAUGGAUCCAACUGUGCCCCCUCAGUUUUCCCCGGACAGAAUGGAUUGUUUAAAAUGAACGAGCGCUUUCGCGUACCCCCAAAAUCAACCGACUCUGAAAGUCCUUUCUUUGGGUUCCAAACUCCAACUCCUGGUCAGUCGGCUUCCAGAGUGCUCUCUAAUCUACAGGAUUCGAAUCAGAUGUCUUUCAACAACCAACUUUCGUCUGACUUAUGCUCACCUUUCGUAUCUGGUCGCUUUGGUAGCGCCGGUGGUGACAAUUUUCAUUCUGAAGACGCCAUUGGUCAUGUUAAUGAGGGUCAUGCAGAACUUUCCCACCUCCCAACAACUACGAGUAGUCUUGACAAUAUAUUGUCUAUACCUCCUUCGUACUCAUCUAUCCUCCCCUCACCUGGCAAGUCCAACCCACAGGCUGCUUUCCAGUCGUCUGCGGCCGCUAACCCAAAUCUAAAUAUGCCUGUUGUCGAGGCUUCGAUUGAACUGCGACCAGAUGGGAAGGUUCCAAAUUUGGGCCAUUCUCGCCCCGGUCUAACCACACAGUAUUAUACCAGUCAGCAAUUCAAUUCGGCGCGUGAUCUUCAAGCUUCUGGUAAUCUUAAAGCAGCCAACUGGAUCCUGGUUCCUCCGGUUCCCGAGGGAACUGCUGCGCAUAUGCGUACUGGCAGGGUGCAUGAACUGAAAUCUCGCGCAUGUACCGAUCGUGUAUUCAACGCGUCCUAUAUGGAUCAUGAACUCAAGCAGGUUCUACACAACAAGGUUCAAGCAUGUCUUUUCACCAGUGAUGAGGCGACCAGAGAGAUUGCCAAGCGAUUUGUCCGCACUUUACGCGGCCCAGGAAAGCGUAGGGAGAAACGACUCCGGACGAGUGCUUGGUCGGAAUCCGCAAAUAUGUUCCAGAAUGACCGGCAUUCGGUUAUUGAUCCGCAGUGUGAUCGAUCUGAGUGUGUGGCCGACAUGCUGUUGGAGGACAUCAUAAGGCCAGACGACUUCGGCUGUUUCGAAAAACUCCCUCGCAAUUUGGGUGCAUACACAGACUUGGUACCUCUCGAAGUGAUGCAACAGCCUCGUGUGUCUGUGACGUUUGGACUUCCUUGUGUCUGUUUCAAAGCUUGGUCUCCACGGUUUGGUCGACCGAUGCUUCUACGUCGGGUAAUUCUUCCCGUGGACCACGAGGCCGCCUUAUCUCCAGAUGCAUAUCUUCUCGCAAAACAGUUAUCUGAGUUGGAUCAUCCGGCGGUGGUAGGAUUUCGUGACGUCUUUUUCACCAACGCCUUCAACGACAAUUCCGCUGUGGUUGUGUACGAAUACACUCCGUGUUCCUCCACGCUACAGCAAACUCACAUGAGUGAUCCGAUGAAACUCACAAGCUUCAGUUCACCUUUUAACAUCAGUCGAACAGUGCGACCCCACAGCGCUCUCAAAAGUGGUCCAUCCGAUUUGGGAAUGCUUCCGGAAACCACAUUGUGGUCCUACCUGGUUCAGCUAGUCCAUGGAAUUCGAUUCAUACAUCAACAAGUUCAUCGAGCCUGUGGCAUUUUAGAUCCCACGAAAGUCCUAAUACAAGAUGGAACACGCCUACGUAUCAACUGCUUCGGACUAAAAGAUAUCCUGUUCCAUCAAUCUCAGGAUCCCAACCUUGCUGAAGAUCAAGCUGGUGAUUUCGUGCAAUUGGGGAAGCUUCUCGUGGGGGCAGCCUGCGGUACUGCUGAAGCCAUUCAGACGAACCAACGAGUGACAUCAUUCAACUUGUUGCAGCGUACUUACAGACCGGAAAUGGUCACGCUUCUGCGCGGUCUGAUCUCGGGACAGAUUACUGGUGUGGAUCAACUAAUGCGGGCCACAUCACCGUACGUGUACGACCAGCUCACGACAGUGUCAGACCACUCUGACUUUCUCGAACGUCAACUCUUCUUGGUCGGUUCGAGAUUCAGUGUCGACAAUGAUUUUCGGUACUAUAUGGUACACAUAAACAAUGUGGUGGACAAUAAUUGUAAAUAUAACCUUUUUCAGGGGAUGGAGUGCGACCGAUUGUUCCGACUAAUCUGCAAGUUGCAGUCUAUUGUCGAACGAAAUGAUCGUAAUGGCACGAAUCCGGACUGGUCGGAAACUGGAGAUCGAUACAUGCUAAAGCUGUUCCGGGAUUUUGUAUUCCAUCAAACAGAUCAGCUGGGUGCUCCGUAUUUGGACUUAUCGCAUAUCAUCACGACCUUAAACAAGGUUGAAGCCAGUUCUCAUGAGCGCCUCUGUCUCGUUAGCCGUGAUAGUCAGAACGUCAUACUGAUGACGUAUGCCGAUAUCAAGCAAUGGCUGGACUCGAGUUUCUCCCAUUUGGUCGAAAGGCACCGACAAAGCCGUUGUGAAAUCCAAAUGGCACAACAACGGGAAAUCCGACAGCAUCAGCAGCAACGCCAACAACAACAACAACAACAGCAGCAGUCUACUCCGCUUUCUGUUGCAGAAACCGACGCAGCCAGUGGAAGGCCUUCCAGUGGUGGAUUGCUUGUCUCAGAGAGUUCAUAGCCUUGCUCCAACCAACUCGGGUAACAUUUUUAUGUCUUUCCAAAUUUACUGCAUUGACCCUGCGUCCCAGUGUGGUUCUUUUUGACUUCCGAUUGCCCUCGGGUUUGUCCACAAGAUACUGUCGUGUCACUUUGCUUGACUGCAUUUUUCACCCUUAUCUUCCCCUAUAUUUGGCUCAUCAGUUGUGAUGCAGUACGAAAAUGUCUACCUUCCUGGGUCCGCUGCCCUCCUUCUCACCAUCUCUUACUCUCGCCCAUCCCGCAAACGACAACAGCCGCACCCCGCCUGUGCAUACUAAUCUUACCACUACCUCGUUCUUUGCACACAAACACGCUCCCUAUUUUUGGAUCUUGUUUUUAUUAUCACCAGCGGGAGAGUUUCUGCCCAAAAGAGAUGUGACCAAACAGAAUUCUUCCGCCCAAUGACCGUCGUCCACUGCCUCGGUCCGCUUACUAUUUGCGCUCUCUCGCCUCGUUCUCUGUUCGUACUUGUGAAACUUGUCUGACGCGAUUGAUUUUGGGUUAGUUAUUGUUUCUACUGAUCCUGACUUUCCCCGCCCGGUCGAGAGUGUGGUGUAAUGCCCCAAAUAAUGUUUCCACGUACCGUGCUGCAUCUUGCAUUGCGUUUCCAACCAACAGUAAGCUUCAGGGGCUCGCCUCUUUUUUACUUGUUAUCAGUUUAUGCAUUUGAGUCAACUUGCUGGACUCGGAGUUUAUGUACAUGUUUUCUCUACGUCCUGGUUGGUGUCUUAAUCUUUUCUCGUUCCCUCAUCCUCCAGUGGCCUAUUCUCAGACGCGUACACAGAGUUAAUCACCAGGUGUCCUGGUCCACCAGAACGUGACCAUUAAUCUUGUCCAACAUUCAUUUUGUAAAAUCCUCUUAGUACAAUCUUAUGUAUUCAUUGGAAACUACAUAAAUACCAC